AGCAGGCGCUUGAGUUAUUUUUAAAACAGUACUUUGGACCAGAAUCUAAAUUUUACAAUAUUACAAAAAAUGAUUGAAACCAUAUCCCGAUGUAUUCGCUACCAUCGCUGCGGCUUCGUGUUCUUAAUCCUCCAAGUGACCCUGAUGCUGUCGCUGCUGGAGGUGCGGAUAGAAAUAGAGGCCACGCCAGGGCAGCAGACAUUUAAGACCCGGAUGUACGCGUUCUUGGAUCCGAUGGACCUGCUCUACAGCCCCUUGUAUUCCGGGUUCGCCAUGGGAGCCAUGUUCUACGGUUAUGGCCUGCUAUACCUCCGCUCCAAGGGGCCCCUCGAAGGUUUCCUCUCCCGACUCCGCAGCUCGGCGAUGUCCGUGUGGCAAAAGUGCAGUCCUCUGAUGAUCCUGCCCUGGUGCAUAAAGAUUGUCCAAGGCCUUUGCGUGGUCCCCGUCUGCCUGUGGCUGUGCCUCUUCAACGAAAAUCUACCUCAGGCCGAUCACUUUGUGCUGCUCGCACUUCUGGCUAUCGUUUUAUGGUUAUAUGUCCUGACACUGGCCAUUACCAGCUUUAUUCUGGCCAUGCGUCUCAAUAUACGGCUGUUGCGUAUCAGAACCAUCGGUCGCAGCGACCACGAACUCCGGGCCUAUGCCCAAGGAAUUAACGAACUUCUGGGCUUUGAAAUGUUGCUUGUCAAUUAAAUAAUUUUUAAUUUACAAAAUAAUAAAUAUUUAUACUUGUUUGUUAGAA